AUGGCUUUGGGUUUCGAAACUACUGGUGAUGAGGUGGUGGAGGCAUUCAAGGAUCGGGUUACUGGCAAGACGUUCUUGAUCACAGGUCCGACUCCGGGAGGCAUAGGUGCUGAAACGGCCCUCAGCCUGGCAAAAGCGGACCCCAAGCGCCUAAUACUAGCGGGUCGGUCGCAGCAGAAGAUCCAGCCGCUCGUCGACCAAAUCCACCAAGAGAAACCUCAUGUCGAGGUCAGCUUCGUUCAGCUUGAUUUGGCGAGUCUGAGUUCGGUGCGCAAGUCAAUCGACGGGAUCAAGUCUGUGCUAGCUGGUGAUAAGAUCGAUGUGCUGAUCUUGAACGCUGCGAUCAUGGCUUGUCCGUAUGCUCUCACUGUGGAUGGAUUUGAGAGUCAGUUCGGAACAAAUCACCUGGGCCAUUUCUUGUUCGGAAACCUGCUCUUGAGAGAGGAUCUGGUGCGCUCACGAAUCGUGGUCGUCAGCAGCUCGGCAUCGGAACGAAAAGCAGACUAUGCUUUUGCGCCCCUGAAGGACAUCUCCUACGAGCAUGGCAAGGUGUAUGAUCCCAUCCAGGCCUACACUUUUUCCAAGUCAUGCAACAACCUGUAUGCCCGUCGUCUCGCAAGGGUGCUGAAGCCCAAGGGCAUCACUGUCUUUAGUCUGAACCCUGGAAGCAUUAUUACGAAUCUCCAAGGUUACAUGACUGAGGAGGUGAGGAAUCUAGCGAUCGAGUCGGCGACGAGGGAGAAUCCAGAGUUCGAGAUCCCUGUACGCAAGACGCUGCAGCAAGGGGCUUCCACUCAGCUUUGUGCCGCCUUGGAUCCGAGUCUCGAGCCUGAGUCUGGAGCGUACCUUGAUCACUGCCAGGUCAAGAAGCCGGCUGUCCACGAUGGCCAUGGAGCAUUCGUCGACCAGGUCUGGGAAUUGAGCGAACAGCUUGUGGGUGAGAGGUUCCAACUCUAG